AUGGACACGAUUGAAAACAAGACUUCCGUCAGUGAACUGUUGAUAAUGAACGUUAACCAUUCGAUUAGAAAGAAAAGACGAUUAUCACAGUCACCGACGGAUCACACGAAUUCGAAGAGACUUCCAGACAGUUCUCCGAAGUGCGACGAAAAUCUUCAACCGCGUAAGUUUUUCCAUUUUUUUAUUACAAUAUUAUUUUCGUUCGCUGUUGUACACAACGAUUGCAGUGUAUUACUAAAUACUAUUUUCCUAAGUUUAUAGGCAUUAUUGUAGUUUUUAAAUGAAUAAUUUCAAAACUCAAAGCAUCAGCCGACUUGUUCGGGUUCUCAGUACCAAAUAAUUAUACGGGUACCUUGCAUUAUAGGUAACUGAGUCAUUUUUCAAUUCAAUGUAGAAAGUACACUUAUGGUGUAUUACCUAAAACAGUAUUCUCGAAAUGGAGUUCUAAAAUUUACUACUUAAAAAUUUGUCUUGCAACUAUCUGUAUAAUGUAUUUUCUGAAAUGUGCAGGAUCAGGAGUUGUAUCUCCUUCGCGCAGUCCGACUUCUGCGUCCUCACCGUCCUACAAUCUGGCUUCCCCUUCAUAUAGCCCGGCGUCACCUUCAUAUAGCCCGGCGUCACAUUCUUACAGCUCGGCGUCACAUUCUUACAGCCCGGCGUCACCUUCAUACAGUCCGGUGUCACCUUCAUACAGCCCGGCGGCACCUUCAUACAGUUCGGCGUCACCUUCAUACAGCCCGGCGUCACAUUCAUAUAGCCCGGAAUCAUCUGGGUGAGUAUCUUAAAUAAUGAUGUUCGAUAUUCUUUAAAAAAAAUUGCACAAAAAAAAAACGGUGUCGAAAAAUCGUGACUUCAUCAUAAUAUGAUGUAUAAUUACUUAUAUUUUUGAUAAUUUAGUUAAAUAUUUUGUACCGUAGGUAAGUAUGAAAUUAAAUAAUAAUACGUUUGUUCGCAUAUUAUCCAGGUAUAGCCCCACGGCACCACCAAUGUAUAACGGCAUACACACACAUAGUUUCGAAUGCUAUGAUGAGCCCAUAUACAUUUCAAGUGGCGAUGAUGAGCCCAUAUACAUUUCAAGUGGCGAUGAUGAGCCCAUAUACAUUUCUAGUGACAACGAUGGCGAUGAAUAUGAAUGA